GGAGGGAUUCCUCGAGAAGCUGCAGUGUGGGGAUGCUCUAGACCGAGUACUGCCCCCAGUGUCUUUCCACCUCUUCUUCCUGCAGCGGCGGCAGCAGCGCUUGGCAGCGGCAACUUGAGACUGCGCCCAGGGCAAGCCCCCCCCCAGGGUGGUGCUCAACUGAGAGGGGGGGCUCAGUGCCCGAAGGUGUGUGUGUAGGGUGGGGGCGGCCAGCUGGGACCAGCUGGUGGCCCUGGAAAACCUCCCACACACCCACACCCACACACCCCUUUUGUGUUGCAGGCUGCCCCUCCAAGAGCAGAGGCAGCAAGAGGACGUGUGUGCACCGGUCCGCACGGGGAAGCAGUAGGGACGGAGCCCGGCACCACCUCCUGGUUCUCCCUCCAGGAAACCAGGAAAACAAGAACUAGCAAGAGCUUGACAAACGCCUGGCUUUGAAUUGGAGACCAUUCACCUGCCUAUUGCUUCAUUCCUGGAAAUUUCACUGCAACUAACUAAGGAAAAAAAAUACCAAGAAAGAAAACAAAGAACAAAAUACCCGAGAAUUCCUAAAGAACAUUUCACCUGAACCUAAAAUGGUGAGCGAGAGUCAUCAUGAGGCCCUGGCAGCCCCGCCAAUCACCACUGCUGCGACUGUUCUACCAAAUAAUGCCACAGAGCCAGCCAGUCCUGGGGAAGGAAAGGAGGAUGGCUUUUCUAAGCUGAAGGAAAAGUUUAUGAAUGAGUUGCAUAAAAUUCCAUUGCCACCGUGGGCCUUAAUUGCCAUAGCCGUAGUCGCAGUCCUUUUAGUCCUGACGUGCUGCUUUUGUAUCUGUAAGAAAUGCUUGUUCAAAAAGAAGAACAAAAAGAAGGGAAAGGAAAAGGGAGGGAAGAAUGCCAUCAACAUGAAAGAUGUGAAAGACUUAGGGAAGACCAUGAAAGAUCAGGCCCUGAAGGAUGAUGAUGCUGAAACUGGAUUGACUGAUGGGGAAGAAAAAGAAGAACCCAAAGAAGAGGAGAAAUUGGGAAAACUUCAAUAUUCACUGGAUUAUGAUUUCCAGAAUAACCAGCUGCUGGUAGGAAUCAUUCAGGCUGCCGAGCUGCCCGCCUUAGACAUGGGGGGCACAUCUGAUCCCUAUGUGAAGGUGUUUCUGCUGCCAGAUAAAAAGAAGAAAUUUGAGACAAAAGUCCACCGAAAGACCCUUAAUCCUGUCUUCAACGAGCAAUUUACUUUCAAGGUGCCAUAUUCGGAAUUGGGUGGCAAAACUCUGGUGAUGGCUGUCUAUGAUUUUGAUCGUUUCUCCAAGCAUGACAUCAUUGGGGAAUUUAAAGUCCCCAUGAACACAGUGGAUUUCGGUCACGUAACUGAGGAGUGGCGUGAUCUGCAAAGUGCAGAGAAGGAAGAGCAAGAGAAAUUGGGUGAUAUCUGCUUCUCCCUUCGCUACGUACCUACUGCUGGCAAACUGACUGUUGUCAUUCUUGAGGCAAAGAACCUGAAGAAGAUGGAUGUAGGUGGCUUGUCUGAUCCUUAUGUGAAGAUUCAUCUGAUGCAGAAUGGCAAGAGGCUGAAGAAGAAAAAGACAACGAUUAAAAAGAACACACUUAACCCCUACUACAAUGAGUCAUUCAGCUUUGAAGUACCCUUCGAGCAAAUCCAGAAAGUGCAAGUGGUGGUAACUGUUUUGGACUAUGACAAGAUUGGCAAGAACGAUGCCAUCGGCAAAGUCUUUGUGGGCUACAAUAGCACCGGGGCGGAGCUGCGACAUUGGUCAGAUAUGCUGGCCAACCCCAGGCGACCCAUUGCCCAGUGGCACACCCUACAGGUAGAGGAGGAAGUUGACGCCAUGCUGGCCGUCAAGAAGUAAAGGGAAGAAGAAGCCUUUCUGCAUUUGCCCACGUAGUGCUCUUUAGCCAGUAUCUGUAAAUACCUCAGUAAUAUGGGUCCUUUCAUUUUUCCAGCCAUGCAUUCCUAAUACAAUUCAGUGGUACUUCAAAUCCUGUUUUAAUUUGCACAGAUUUAAACGUAGAGAGCCCCUAAGCCCUUCGUCAUACCACUGCUCUCCAAAUCUACUCUUCUUUUAAGCAAUAUGAUGUGUAGAUAGAGCAUGACUGAAAUUAUUUA